UGUUCAGGGUUAGGUUGCACCACCUUGCAAAUGAGUUCGGGGUAGAACUUCCUUUUGUUGGCCGGGGGUUGUAGCUUUGCGCAGCUGUAUAAGUGUUUAGGUAACAACUUCUCAGGUUUUAUUAACACUCAGUCAGCAGCGAGGAUGAGCGGAGGAGUGUAUGGUGGAGAUGAGGUUGGAGCUCUGGUGUUUGACAUCGGAUCAUACAGCGUGAGGGCUGGUUAUGCAGGCGAGGACUGCCCUAAGGCUGAUUUUCCCACAGCGAUUGGGAUGACGCUAGACCGAGAAGAUGGCAGCAUCCCAAUGGAAACGGAUGGAGACAAGAGCAAACCAGGAGGCACCAUCUACUAUAUCGACACCAACCAGCUGUGGGUUCCCAGAGAGAACAUGGAAGUCGCGUCCCCCCUGAAAAAUGGCAUCAUUGAUGACUGGGAUGGUUUCCAAGCAAUUUUAGAUCACACUUACAAGAUGCAUUUCAAGUCCGAGCCCAGCCUACACCCAGUGCUCAUGUCAGAAGCUCCUUGGAACUCAAGAGCGAAGAGGGAGAAGUUGACUGAGCUGAUGUUUGAGCAUUACAACAUCCCCGCUUUUUUCCUGUGCAAAACUGCAGUCUUGUCUUCAUUCGCCAAUGGUCGAUCCACAGGCUUGGUGCUGGACAGUGGGGCCACUCACACAACAGCCAUUCCCGUGCAUGACGGAUAUGUCCUUCAACAAGGCAUUGUCAAGUCGCCCCUUGCUGGGGAUUUCAUGAGCAUGCAAUGCCGGGAGUUCUUUCAGGAACUAAAUGUUGAAAUCGUUCCGCCUUACAUGAUCGCUUCCAAGGAGGCAGUACGGGAAGGGGCCCUGCCUCUUUGGAAGAAGAAAGAGAGGCUACCUCAAGUCACCCGUUCCUGGCACAACUACAUGUGUAAUACUGUGAUCCAGGAUUUUCAGGCCUCAGUCUUGCAGGUCUCCGAUUCACCUUAUGAUGAGCAAGUGGCAGUCCAGAUGCCUACUGUUCACUAUGAGCUACCCAAUGGCUAUAACUGUGACUUUGGUGCCGAGAGGCUGAAAAUCCCAGAAGGGCUCUUUGACCCUUCAAACGCCAAGGGUCUGUCGGGGAACACCAUGCUUGGCGUGGGUCAUGUAGUGACCACCAGUGUAGGGAUGUGCGACAUUGACAUCAGACCGGGCCUCUAUGGCAGUGUAAUAGUCACUGGCGGCAAUACGCUCAUCCAGGGCUUCACAGACAGGCUCAACAGAGAGCUUUCCCAGAAGACACCACCAAGCAUGCGCCUGAAGCUGAUCGCGAACAACACCACGGUAGAGCGGCGGUUCAGCGCCUGGAUAGGUGGCUCCAUCCUGGCAUCCCUGGGGACCUUCCAGCAAAUGUGGAUUUCCAAGCAGGAAUAUGAAGAGGGUGGCAAACAGUGUGUGGAUCGAAAGUGCCCAUGAUCUUAUACCACAAAGCCUUCCAGACAACUCACCAACUAGAAGAUUUCAGGGGACUCAGGAAGAAGAAUAGACGUUUUGUAGAUUUUUAAAAAUGAUAUACUGUCCAAAUUAUUUCCAGCUUUUGUAUUUUCAUUUAGACAUCCUUUGUGGUGAACCUCUGCAAAAUGAUUCACAUAGUUUCUUGCUAUUUUCAUACAGAUAUAACUUGUGGCUGUUAAAGUUCUAUUGGAUGUACCAUUAUUUUUGAUAGAACUUUUUUCUAACUUUCAAUAUGAGAUGAAGUCCCAGAGGCAAAGUAAAUUUGUGUUGACAAGUAGAUGUGUAUCUAGGCCCAGUCUGCCUGUCAAGCAGAUGGUAACUUAAUUUAUAAAGAUAGUAUAUUUUUACAAGUUCAACUACGAGUUAUCACACUACAAGCUAUUUAAUCCCUGCAAGAAAUGCUUUAUUGCAAUUUACACAUAUAGAAAGAGAUGGUCCAAAUUGUACCAAAUGCUGAACAAAAAUGCUCAACUAAAAAUGAGACAUUUGCUCUUUGAGAAUUAAAAACAAUUUAUUAAAAGUGAAA